AUGCACGACCAAAUAGAUACACUAAGUAGUGGCGAUUCGUCGUCGUCGUCAACAACAAAACAAUAUUAUAAUCAGAAAAAGAGGUCUACAGAGUUUGAUGAUUCAGACGAUUCCCAAGAAGAUAUUUUAGAUUCAUUGCCUAUUGGAUCAGCCGUUCCCAACAUGGACAAUCACCCAGUCACCACUGGAUUCAACGUUUACCAAAUAAUUACAAGCAGUCCUACCCUGCCUCUUUCACCACACGGUCACAUCCGUAAAGGUCGUCGUUUAUUUUUUGAAGAAUCUUCCACUACAACAUCUCCUACAACAGGAUCUCCUCCAAAUUCAAGUCCAAUUGGAAUGAUGUUAUUUCAACACCAACAACAAUCAAAUAAUCAUAAUAAUAAUCAAAAUAAUAAUAAUACUAACAAUAAUCAUAAUAAUAAUCAAAAUAAUAAUACUAACACCAAUAAUAAUAAUAAUAAUAAUAAUAAUAAUAAUAAUAAUCAAAAUAAUGUAAAUAGUUUUAAAAUACCAGUUGGAAGAAGACCAUCUUUACAAAUUGGAUCUAGUUGUAGUUCAGGAUCAAGUAGUGAAGGUAGUAGUGGACAAAGUAGUCAAGGUGGUAGCGGCAACUUUGACCAUUUAUAUCGUCAAAAUUCAUUCCCUCAAAUUCCACUCAAUGGAGCUGCCGAUCAUAGUGGAAGCGGAAUGAAUGGUCUCGGUGGCAAUACCAGUAACAGUUCAUUUUCCAUGUUAUCUUCAUCACUACCUACAUCACCCGUUUCAUGGGGAGCAUCACAUCAUCAUCUCUAUAAUAACUCACCAAAUAGUAGUAAUCCAUUGACCAGCCAGGUUAGCAAGGGUAACACGUUUCCAUCAUUGAAUGACAGUAAAAAGAUUAGACCUGACCUCAAGGCAUUUGGAGAGCACAUGUCAGCCUCGCCAUCCCCGUCACCUCCACCUACACCCACGCCAAAAUCAUCCAACAAGAUGCAACUGGACCGUUCCAGGAUGCUCUUGUCCAACGCCAAACCAUACGAUCCAAUUGAUCCACCUGACUUUUUAAACAAGAGUAGUGAUAAACCAACCCAACCACAACCACAACAACCAAUAUCACACCUAUCAUCACCAUUUUUACUUCACACCAAACGUCAACGUUCAACUUCCAUGUCGUCCACCUCUAGCACCAACUCGCCAUUGGCAGGCUCUUCUUCUUUGGCCAUUGUAAAUAAUAUUAAUCCAUUCAUUGAAGAAGGAAAGAAAAAGAGCAAUAGAGGUGUCACUGCCAACAACAACACUGUAGAUACUGUAGAUAAAGAGGAAUAUUCAUUAUAUAAAAAAACAUUUCAUCAAUUAUGUUUAAUAGGAGAGGGAAGUUUUGGAUUAGUUUAUCAAUGUAGACAUAGAAUAGAUGGAUGUCUAUAUGCUAGGUCAAAAAGACAGGGAGAUUGUAUUACGCGAGGUAUUUGGGUUGUCGGUGAUCAAGGAUCACAGCAAUAUUAUGGAGUAUUGCAACGGUGGCAAUAUAUACAAUUGGAUCACAAAGCAAUUCAAGCAAUCACAAACGACGUUGCUCCAAUUGACCAAACAAGUAGUCAAAGCGUUAGAGGAGGUGGAGACGGUGGCGUCAGCUUUAACGAUGAAAAUCAACUGAGCCAAAUCCUCCUCGAGGGCAUUGGCAACAAUAUUCACUUUAAAUUGGGUGAUUUGGGUCUCCUCAACGAGGCAUUUGACUCCAAGGUAUUCUCAGAGGGUGACAGUCGGUACUUGUCCCGAGAGUUACUCCACGAUGACAUGGGCACCCUUAAAAAGAGUGAUAUCUUUUCAUUGGGUUGUACACUCUACGAAUUGGCAACUUGUCGUCCACUCCCAAAAUGCGGUGAAGAGUGGAACUCUAUUCGUAAUGGUAUUCUAUCUUAUGAAAAUUCUGAUUUUACUCUAGAAUUUUGGAAUCUUAUUAAACAAAUGAUUCAUCCAGAUCCACAACAAAGACCAAGUUGCGAGGAGAUAUAUAAUUACAUUGAAACAUCAUUAUUGGCAGGAGGGGGAGUAAAGAUGGAGAUUGAUCCAAACAUGGAAAUCAAUCGAUUAAGGGAACAAGUCAAAGAACAACAACAUCAAAUCCAUCUGCUUCAAAUCCAAAUUCAACAAAUUGGUUUAAGGGAUAUGGCAAUUUCAAAGUAA